ACAAGUCGCUCUUCUCAAACACACGUGGAACGUGAACAAAGCCCAAGUUAUUAUUGGUGCUGCAUGGUGGUUGUGGAUUAUAAGUUCAAUUUACAAAAGAACGACAAUUUGAGAAGAAAGCUACAAACAUUAAUUCUUUUUAAAAAAUGACUGAUUUGCAUAAUACGAGUGGAAAGACGGCGAUCCAACAACUGAUCAGCAGAAGUUGGAAUUCAAAAUAUCGCUCGCAAUUCGUGCGAAAAAUGGAGCUGCGCAUGUGCAAGUGUCUGGUGGAGUUUGAGACCGAAAUGGUAGCCCGUAAGCGUGUAGCUAAACUGGAAUUCAAUCACAACGGCUCGCGGUUGGUGCGUGUCCGCGAUUGCCUAAUUGAGGUUUUGGACCCGCGGACGCAACGCAUCGUUCACACCCUACCGCGUUUCAUCAAUUUCAAUUUGAGCAAUCAAAUCUUCGAGUUUACGGAUGUCGACAACGAACUGAUGUUCGAUUGCUGGAGUAUGAAUAGAAACCAUUCCGAGUUACAACUCUGGGAUAUGCGGUUUUCGUCCUCCCAUGUCGGCAAGAUCAGUUUCCCUGAUAAGAUAAUGGCGCAAUAUGCAUAUUCCAAGAAGGAGAGGUCGCUCCUAACUAAAAUAUGUGAAUACUCCUACGUAUCCGAAUUAGUGCUGUACAACAAAUCAAACUUUUCGACUUCGGGAGAUGCGACGCCUGUGUGGUCUCUCGGUAAUGCGUGGUCACCAACUUUACAAGCUACUUGGUUCGGCCUGGCGCCGGACGACAGCUGCCUUGUGUUCCAACCCACUCCUGAGAGCUUCCUUGCUGUUCACAAUCUUUCCUUCUCAACCUUGGACGAAGCUUUCAAACAAUUUGAGGACGGACGACUGAAGACCAUGAAAGCCCCAUGCCCGAUCCCGGGUGGUUUAAGAGUUACAAACAAACUCACCCACGUGGUUCACGAUUCUCAACUGUUUAGCAAUUUCAAAUUCUGCCCAAGAGGAAAUUUCGUCCUCGGUAAUCCUUACAAAUUUGACGAGAUAUUUAGGGUCUACAGCUUCAACCACGACGUCCCGACGUCUGCAUUUAAACAUAAUCCAUCGUCUCUGACCAGCACGGCGCAAUUUACUGCCUCCGGACACCGAAAGAAUUCUGUGGUUCCAUUUAUUCUCAGUGCAACAGGCGAAAUCAUCAUCGCCUGCGACGUCUUUGGAACCAUCGACUUUUACCACUUGAAAGCGCCGAUACUAACCGAAGUUCCAAUGGAUUUGAAGCCCUUUCAUAGUUUCACGACCAAUGAGCCGUCCUCAAUGGCGCUGAGCCCAAACUUAGACAGCUUCGUGACCGGUCAUUACUCUGGCCAAAUGGUGUGGUAUAAUCCUAGACUUUGAGAUGGUGCUAUAAAACAUUUAUUGAUGAACAUUGAUUGGCUAAAAGUUGGUUUUCAAACGUUUUGCAAUUAAUAUUUUAUUGAAAAGAGUAAGGAAAUUUAGACAGGUAUCUUAAUUGUGGAGUUAAGUAGUUAUGUUGGCAGAAUUUUCUAUAUUUAUCUCCUGUCUCUCUCUUGCGGGUAGACGCCUCGUGUAAGCGACCGCCCCUUAAUUGACAAUACUCUCCGCCUCGUGUGGGCCAUGAACGAUUUUUAUAUGAAAAAUUCAAAAUAAAUAUAUCUUCCCGUUCGCGAACGAUGUUUAUUCUUGCAUCCCAUUAGGGGAUAGUUUAAUUGCAAACCAUUGGGCCAUGAAACUGAAAUUACUAAUUUUAAAUUUUUGAACGUGUUCAUUCGCUUGCGGUGCCUUACUUGAUGAGCAUCAGUAACUUCAAAUACAGCUUAAAUAAUAAAGUAACUAUCAUUAAAAACAAUUCGAGACGAAUGUGAGUCGUUCCAUUGCC